AUGGCGAACGAUAAAACUUCUUUGUGCACAUAUUGGCUAAAUAGUGAAUAUUUUGCUAAGGAACUAAAAUCUAUUCCAUUUCGACCCUGCGGACUAUAUGCUAUGAAAUUUAAACCUACAGAAGCACAACUUAAAUGUUUUAUUGAUUGCUGCUCAGAGGCACCAUUGAUAGAACGGCUGUCAUCCUUGGCAUCAGCUUACUAUAUAUUCGUUGGCAUUGCCAUCGGAAUUUUUAAAAUUAUGGCCCGUCAAAAAUGUGAUGAUUGGCCAUACAUCCCCAUCUCAUUAUCAUGGACAAUUCCCGUAAUAUAUAAACGGGCGGUUUAUGGACGUCUUGUGUUCAAGGACGUAUCUAUUGAACUGGGAAAAUUGAACAAUAAAAUUAUAAAAGUUGAACCACUCGAACCUCCUGAAUUAACAAAAAAACGCUUACUUGUUGGAAUUACGGGAUUCUUAUCAAUAGUGAUCCCCUGGUUUUCAGUAAUUAUCGCUCUUUUAGCUUUAUUAAUACAUUUAAGAGGCGAAGCGAGCCUGAAAGGUCAUUGGGUCGCUCAUAUCUGGUUUUGUUUUUGUGGUAUUGUGGUGGGAAUAUUUUUGGUGUGUUUUUGUUUGCUUAGUGAUCAAAGACUAUGGUGGGUAAAUUUGUUUGGAAAUGACUGUGAUAAUUCAAGUGGAUGCAUUACAUCUUAA